UUAGAGCGAGGCGUGACCCAGUUGACGCGCGCCGGGAGCACGGGCAGCAGAGGCGCUGCCGACACCUGCCCCAUCCCCACCUCCAGCACAAGAUACCUCUCCCUCCGCCGUAGCUGCCGGCCCCGGGGCUGCCGCCUCCUCCUCCGCGCUCCCCCUUCCUCCCGUGAGCCUGGGGAACCUGCAGCUGAAAGCCUCCGCCAGCCAUAGCACCAUGUACCCGGGGAACAAGCGGAAAAAGAGCUGGAGGGAGGAGAAAGAACGUUUGUUGAAGAUGACAUUGGAGGAGAGGCGUAAAGAAUACUUACGGGAUUAUGUUCCUCUGAAAGAUAUCCCAUCAUGGAUGGAGGAAAUGAAAAGCAAGACCCAAAGUGAUGAAGAAAACACUAAGGAAGCCGUAUCAGUACAGAAAUGUCUGAGUGAGAAAGUCUCUCUCUACAGAGGUGAUAUCACGGUGCUCGAGAUUGAUGCCAUAGUUAAUGCUGCUAAUUCAAGUCUUCUUGGAGGUGGCGGUGUUGAUGGCUGUAUACAUAGAGCAGCUGGGCCCUGUCUGGUUGCUGAAUGUCGCAACCUGAGUGGCUGUGAAACUGGACAAGCAAAAAUCACUUGUGGUUAUGACCUGCCUGCAAAAUAUGUCAUUCAUACUGUGGGUCCUAUAGCACGAGGGCAUAUUACUGAUAGCCAUAAAGAAGACCUGGCAAAUUGCUACAAGACCUCGCUGAAACUGGCAAAAGAAAACCUCAUCAGAUCUAUUGCAUUCCCCUGUAUUUCAACAGGAAUUUAUGGUUUUCCAAAUGAACCUGCUGCAAUCGUUGCACUUACCACAAUCAAGGAAUGGUUAAGCAAGAAUUAUCACGAGAUGGAUCGUGUCAUUUUUUGUGUGUUUUUGGAGGUUGAUUACAAAAUCUACAAGAAGAAAAUGAAUGAGUUCUUCCCCACGGAUGAGGAUAAUGAGGAAGAGACUGAAGUGAAUGAGAAUGCAGAGGGAGUGGAGCAGAAAGGCCAGUCUCCUUCACCCGUGAAAUGCAAAGCAAAGCAAUCUGAAGACCUGGAAGAUGAUAAUGAGGGUGACAGUGACACCGAAGAGAAGCGAAGCACUGAUGAACUCGAAAGCCAGAGUCAAGAAGAAGAUGAGGCAAAACUGACAGUUACAAACAGCUCAACAGAUGGAGGAGAGAAUCUAUGCAAGGAAAAAGAAUCCUCUCAAGAUUCCAAAGCUACACAAGAGCAUAAUCCGAUGCCUCAUGCAAUCUGUGAACAAGAUCAAGCUGACGGGCUCGGGGAUGAUUCUAGAGAGGUGGAAAUGAACACUCAGACAGAAUCUCAAGUCUCCUGCAUGGAAACAGAAGACACUUCUCUAACUCAGGAGGAGACCACAAAAGAAGGAGAACCACAGGCUCCCGAAGUAGCUACAACUAAUCAAGAGAGCAAAAGUGAAGAGAAAGAAGGAGCAGACCAAGGGAGAGGAAAGCAGACUGCAGAGCCAGAACAAACUGAAGGCGAUACAGAGAACAUUUCCAGUAACGAUGAGGACCAUGACAAGAGAAGAGAACAGGCUGCGAAACAAGAAUUGCGGUCAUUGGUGGAUUGUAUGGCAACAUUCUGACUUAGCAGAUCAUGGCACACCAGACAGCUCAAGAGGGGAUGAGGGAGGGCAGGGAGAUGAAGGGACGAUGGCUCUUUAUAUUAGUUUCUCUUCUCUUUUCUUCUCUUUCUUUCAUUUUGUUUAGUAAACAACACACAACUUCUCUACUUUAGUUAUGGUGUUAGUUCUCGUUUCUUUGCUUCAUCCCUGAAUUUUCUGUACCUUCUUUUGGAAAUCCAACACUGCACCCAAACCCUUGUCAGUCACAUACUUCUGUAGAAGAUAUACCUUCUUAGCUUUUAAGUAUUAUUUCUCAGUUAGAAAUCCUCCUUUUCAAGGCAACAUGUGAAAAGGACAUUUCAAACCCACUGCCCCUCAGAAAUCUAAGAGGUUAUUCCAACUGAUCUCAAAGUGCAGACAUUUGCAGCUUCCUAAUCUGAGCUAUGUUGCUGGUAGACAUUAGUGCUCUUUCUCCUCCUGGAACUGUCACCCUACCAAUGCCAAGGAUUCAACUGGUUAGACUUUUCCUGCUGUCCAUCAAACACUGUUAAGAUGCAGGAGCAAAUAUGGAGAUCAAUGGAAAUAACCUUUAUGGGGCACUCGCUCCAAAUAGUAUGCCCCCCCCCCAAUGUGGAAACUGCCCCAAAUACUCUUUCCUAUGGCUGAAAUUCCACAUGAAUUCUAGCGAAAGUCAGAGGCCGAAAAUCCUCCCAUGUGCAAACGCUCUGUACUGUCAGCCCAGCUGGUGGAGGCUGUUCAGGUGUUUUGCCAUGCCAAAAAGGUUCAUUGGUGGGCUCCACAUGGGCUAAGGACAGUGGAAGUGACAUUCAGACUUGUGUUUUAAGUAGGCCAAAGUGGAUGGCUAAGGCUACCCAUGGGCAGGAAUGAACAGGUAUGCUAUGGAGAAUACAUUUACUAGCAGAUAUCACUCAUGGGGAAUCCAUGUUCAGAAAGAGUAUACAUCUCAUUUCCAAAUGCCAAACAACUUGGGAUGGGAGGAAAGUUUUUAUAUCCGGUGUAUCAGCAUCCCAGGCACGGGAGUGUUUCUAGUCCAACUAGUCUUUUCAUAUGACAAUCAAUUCCCACAAUUAGCCAGUUCUUUACUAAUAUAUUCAUGGCAAGAAACAUAACAUCUGUCCUGACGAUGGUGCUGAACACCUCAGUUUUGUCUGCUAAUGAAUCAGCAGCAUCCCUCUUUCAUUCAGAACAUAACUAAAGCAACUGUCAUUUUCAGUAACCUUUGAAUAAAGGGGAUUACAGAUCUUCUGCAUUUCAGCACACUAUAAAAUAUGACUUGUGGCUUUAACAAUUUCUUCUCAAUUUCUGCUAUAUUUUUCAGCUGCAUAUCCACACUUUUUAAUACAUACAAAUGCAAUUAACAGUUAUUUGGUGAUGAAUGUUGUACCAUAUGUCAUCUGUUCUGCUAGCAAAUGCUGCACUCAAAAACAAGAAUUUUACAUUCAUUUUUCACCCACACUGUAAAUUAAACUGAUACCCUACUUGCAAGAUUGAAAGAACACACAGCAUGGCUCCAGAGUUUGAUAUUCUGUAAGCUACUUUCCAACUGCUUCUAAAAACAAUUAGAGGAAUGUUUUUGUUUUAUGAGAUUCUGCUUUUACCCAAUUAUGCAUAUGCACCAUCCUCCAAAAUCCUAAAAUAAUAAUUUUCUGGCUUGCAAAAGAAAAAUAAAGGUGUAUGUGUAUUAAAGGAGUAAAAAAAAAAAAGCCCUCCCAUCCCUGCUCAUUUCGUAAGCUUCCCCAAACAUGAUCUAGAAUAAGGUAGUAAACAUUGUUUAAGUUUCCACAAUUGUAAAUGGAAAUAUAAAUUAAUUUGUGAUGUGCCACUUCUAGGCAGCUCAUAAUGCAGAGCUCGGUUUCCAAUGUGAUCUAUAGGUGUGCUGUCCAGGGAACAACAUGCCUGGAUUAAAAUCAACAAAAUCAACAUUGAUAGGAUCAGAUUUUCAACCUCAAAUUUUUCUGUACAUUGGAACCAUUUAUUGAUGUGGUUUCUGAGAAGGUCACCGUUAUUUAUAGAACCACAUCGAUGCUAGUAUUAAUACAGCAUUAAUAUUAACCCUGGUUCAAAAUAUACAUCUAUGUCAUCUUUCUCAGCAAGAAUGCCCUUUCAUUUCGUGUUUACAUGUGGUACUCCCAGGCCUCUUUUCUUUCCCAUUACUGCUAGCUAGAAUGGGAAAUCUCUCUUCCUGCUAUUAUGUCUUUUCCCUCAGUACUCCUUUUAUUGAUUUGCUGUCUCUGUGAUCAAAGAAGUAGCUAACUGUGCAUCACAAAUUACUAUCCCAGUUUAGCAACAUGAGUCUGCAUGUGUAGAAAGCCUUCAGGACAUGGAUUGCCAUGGCUGAUUCAAUCCAUGUAUGGAAAGGGAGAGUUGUUGUUUUUUCUUUUAAAAAAACAAAACAGUUCCUGAAUUAUUAUAUGGGAAUGCUCAGAUGGUGACCUUUACUGGCUUGCUGCCCUUGUGAAUAAAUCUCUGUUGCAGCAGUUCUUUAUGAUUCUAAGGUUUUCAUGUCAGGAGGCUGUAACCAAGUGCAAAGCAAAGACUGAAAGCUCAGAAUAAGAAACAGGAGGUUAUUAAGCAGCAAUCUUAUAUAUGUUUACUCAGGUAUCAGUUUUUGGAGUUUGUUUGCCAUCAGAUGUGCACAGGAUUACAGUUCAGUUCUAGACUUGGAUUAUAAUUUUCUCACGCAGGAUUGUAAAACUGGGUGCUGUGUCUACUUGUAACUUCCAUGACAGUGGUAGGUUAAUCUUCCAGUUUUUAGUUUGAACCUUAGAGCAAUUUAUCCAAGGCGUUGAACCUAUUCUGAAUUACAGUUCAGCACCUUUGACAGUUCCCUUAAAUGUUCAGAUGACAAUCUGGAGGGGAUUUGCCACCCCAUUUUGGACUUCUGUUCCCACAAACCCCAUCCAACUUGGACAAUAAUCAUGGAUUCCACAUCUAAUAUAUUAGAAGGCCUCAAAGUUGAGUACCAGUGGUCUAAAGAAUAAUAUAAUUCACAGUUUCUUUGGCAAGAGUGAUAUUUGUUGUUAACUGCCCUCAAGGCAACCCCAACUCAUGGUAAUCCUUUGGAUAAAACAGCACCAAUAUCACCUGUUUAGACUGUAAACUCCCUGAGUCCAUCCAUCUAGCAUAUGGUCUUCCUCUUUUUCUCCUGCCCUCUACCUUUCCUAGCAUUGUUGUCUUUUCUAAUGUGUAAUUUCUCAUGAUGUGACCAAAAUAAGAUAGCCUCAACU